CGCCAAAACAGCUGUGCGAAAGCUGAGGGAGCCAAAAAAAAAAACAGAAACAGAAACACAACCAAAUCGAGCGAGAAAUGAAAAGCGAAAGAACAACAAUCCGGAAAGUUUAUAGUAUUAUUAACCGAAACGAAGCGGCGUGCGCACACUGUGGCUGGCUGCGAACCGCGUCGGUUGUUUCAUUUUCUCUCCACCGGACCACUUAUCGCCGAUAAAAGCCCAUUAAAAACAUCACACAAAAAAUAUAUAGAGAGGCGAAAAAAAAUAACAACAACGAUAAUAACAAAACAGUCAUAGCCAAAACAACAACAACAACAAAAACAAAUAACUUUCAAUAAACAACAAUAACAAAAUGAUAGACUUGCGAGUGCACUUGAAUAAAAAACUCAAAUAAAAUGUUCUCGGAAAGGUGCAAAAAAUAAAUGCAAAGAAGAACAGCUCAGACACACCUGCCCGAUACCUGAAUUUCAAAUUUUUCAAGACAAUUUAAAUACGAAAAAAAUAUACAAAAAAUAAAAAAAGAGAGGGAAAGAAAGUAAAGCUCAAGUGAAAAUCAGGCCAAACCGAUUGUUAUUUUUAUUAUUAUUUUUUUAUUUUGGUCUUCUGUUUUUUAUUUGUUCUGUGUCUGUUUUUUUUUUUUUUUUGCGGUGUGCCUUUAUUUUUUAUUUUAAUUUUUUUUUUUGCAAGAAUUUAAUUUGCAAGAAUAACAAAUGAAACGCGGUUCGAACACCAAGUGAAGAGUUGUGAUUUUUUUGAAAAUUUAAAAAUGGAAUUCCUGGAGAACCUUUUCAAAAACCUACAAAGCCUAUUGUCAUCGUACAUCGAUCUGGAUUAUUCGCUAUGGCUCUAUCGUUUCUUGACCCCGCUGAUUGUCACCUUUCUUUUGCCGCUGGUUUUCGUGGCCCUCAUCUACAUUUCCUUUCUGGUUCUCUUCAUGUACAAGCUGCACAGACAAGUCAUAAUGAGAGCCGUGCAAACGGAUCGCAACUUCUGGCGGGUUGGACGCAAAAUAGUGGCCGCCAUCUGGGAUGCCCACGCCCGGAUCUACCAUGGCUACGAUGUGAUCGGCCUGGAGAACAUCCCCCAGGAGGGACCGGCGCUCAUCGUCUACUACCACGGCGCCAUCCCCAUCGACAUGUACUACCUGAACUCCCGGAUGCUCCUGCAGCGCGAGCGACUCAUCUACACCAUUGGGGAUCGGUUUCUUUUUAAGCUGCCCGGUUGGGGAACCAUCUCGGAGGCCUUCCACGUCAGCCCAGGCACUGUCCAGUCCUGUGUCAGCAUCCUUAAGGAUGGGAAUCUCCUGGCCAUCUCCCCGGGCGGGGUGUACGAGGCCCAGUUCGGGGAUCACUACUACGAGCUGUUGUGGCGCAACCGGGUGGGCUUCGCCAAGGUGGCCCUGGAAGCCAAGGCCCCCAUCAUUCCCUGCUUCACCCAGAAUCUCCGCGAGGGCUUCCGACAGGUGGGCAUCUUCCGGACGUUCUUCAUGAGAUUAUACAACAAGGUGCGCAUUCCGGUCUAUCCCAUUUAUGGGGGAUUUCCGGUCAAGUUCCGGACGUACCUGGGCAAGCCCAUUGAAUACGAUGAGAGUCUGACGCCGCAGGAUCUCCAGGUUAAGGUGGCCACUGCCAUCGAGGAGUUAAUUAAUCAGCACCAGCGACUGCCUGGAAGCAUCCUGAUGGCCCUCCUGGAUCGCCUGCCCUCCUUCCGGCGACGCCUCAAAAAAAAGGACGAAUAGGACUCCCCAAGAAGAGGUCUUAAACGUUAAUCCCAAUUUCCGUAUAUCGUCUAUAGAGAGAUUAACAGAUUGACUUUGGUUCUAUAUCUAUAUCGGCCAUAAGAAGACUUCCAUGUUCCAUGUACUUCAGCGAUGUAUGAGGCAGCGCCCAAUACACUUUACAUAGAUGUAUAUAGCAACCACCCCUAUACAUAUAUACACGAUAUCGUAUAUAAUAUAUACUUUUCUAAUUUUCUAAUUUUAUAAUUAAUUUUUUGUACAUUUUUUUUUAAUCAUUUCUUGAUGAAAUCCCAGGCACUUGGCCUACCCAGAAAUUGAAAAACUCAACCCACCAGAUAGCAUCCCCCCCUUUUUUUUCAAAAAUUAAGCAGCAACUUAAGUCGAAGACCGAACAAAGAUACUUUUCUUGUUUUUUACCUUAAAAAAAUCUUAUUUUUUUUGCACUUUACUUAUUUCUUAAAAAUAUUAAAAAAUUAUCUAAUUAAGUUGAUUAAUUUUUGUACUUUUUAUGAAAAAAAACCAUAUAUCUCAGCCUGUGUGUCUGUGCGAGUGUCUGUGAGAGUGUGUGUGUGUGUGUGAGUUGUAUAUUUAAGGAUAUUUUAGUUAAGGAACUCUUGUAUAAAAUAUAGAAGUAAUAUCGGAAUA